AUGAUUUUUCUGCAUAUUCCACAAAUAAUGAUGCAAAAAUGGUGCUGUGUUCCAUAUCCAUGUAAAUCAUCAGCAAUAGUUAUUACGCCCACUACAACAGCCAUCUCUACCGUAGUAACAACAACACAAUCAGCAAAAGUAUCAGUAACAAAAGGAACCACUGCUAUCUCCACCGUUCGACCAUAUUAUUCUGACUGGACUGCCUGGUCAUGUACCGAAAGUUGUGGUGGUUGCGGGAUUGGACGCAGAACAAGAAUAUGCCUAUCGGCUACCACUGCUUGCAUCGAUGCGACCGUGGAAUUCAAUCAUCAGAGUUGCAAUCAACAGCCAUGUCCAUUUGGCAAGAGAACUUGUUGUGUUAAUUACCGCCUUGGACAAAUCGAAGGACAUUUCGCUUGCAUACCAUACAUAAGCUAUGCAUGA